AUGGUGUCAACAUGUCCAGCUGAACGUCACCAGCAGGCUAAGAGUCAGGAGCUUCCCGAUGAAGAAGGUAAGAAACAAACGGAACGAGGCGAGAAUGUCUGCACUGGAGCCAUGGGAUGUAAAACUUCAAUGCCUGACAGUGCAGCAAAAAAAUCGGAGAAGGUCAUUAGAGCCGCUAUCCUCAUCCAGAAGUGGUACCGAGUGACGAUGGCCCGGAUAGAGAUGAGGCGCCGCUGUUGCCUGAGUAUCUUUCAGUCAAUUGAAUACGCUGAUGAGCAAGCUCAGCUGCAGCUAUCCAGCUUUUUUGCAUUCAUGCUGGAUCACUUUUCUCAUCCUGAUGCAGAUUCUUACUUUUCCGAGAGCCCUGUUUCUCAGAUGACAGACUCAAGCUUAAGUUUAACAGAAUUUGAAAAGAGGAUUGAUGUCCCAGACUCCUAUUGUGGACCACGACUCAAAUUCCCCCUCACUACUGCAGAUGCCAAUGCUCUUCUUGAUGCUUUCAAGAAUGAAGAGCUGCUUCAUGCCCGCUAUGUACUGCAGCUAUUACAUGAAACCAGGAGGGUUCUUAAGGAGAUGCCAAACAUCACUUAUCUUUCAACUUCCUACUCCAAGGAGAUAACUGUCUGUGGAGAUUUGCAUGGAAAACUGGAUGAUCUUUUGAUGAUAUUCUAUAAGAAUGGUCUACCUUCAGAAAAAAACCCUUAUGUCUUUAAUGGUGAUUUUGUUGACAGAGGGGACUAUUCUAUGGAAAUACUUAUAAUCCUGUUUGCAUUUCUUCUUAUCUACCCCAAUGAUUUACACUUGAAUAGAGGAAACCAUGAAGACUACAUCAUGAACAAGAGGUAUGGCUUCACAAGAGAAGUUUUGAGGAAGUAUAAGAUCCACGGGAAUGUAAUUUUGAAACUUCUGGAAGAUGUCUUUAGCUGGCUUCCCCUCGCCACUGUAGUUGAUAGCAAAGUUCUCAUCCUACAUGGAGGAAUUUCAGACACCACCGAUUUGGAUUUCUUGAAUGUAAUUGAGAGAAACAAGGUGAAAUCUUUGAUGCGGCCACCAAAGUCAGUUACAGACAUCAAGGAUCAAGUAAAGGAGAAAGUUCCAAGUACCACACCCAAGAAAUACAGUGCUAAUCAGAAUGUUUCAGGGAAAAGGAAAGAUGCAUCUUCAUCUGAGCCCAGCCCUAGAAGAGAGACCUCCCCCUGUGCGAUUAAGGAAUGGCAACAAACCCUUGAUAUUCUCUGGAGUGAUCCAAGAAACCAAAGGGGCUGUGUACCAAACAAGUGUCGAGGUGGUGGCUGUUACUUUGGCCCUGACAUCACUGCCAAGUUGUUUGAAAGGUACAACCUGAAGAUGCUUAUCAGGUCUCAUGAAUGUAAGCAAGACGGUUACGAGAUCGGUCAUGGUGGCAAGGUUAUCACUAUUUUUUCUGCCUCUAACUAUUAUGAAGAUGGAAGCAACCGGGGAGCAUACAUCAAACUGAAUCCUGAUCUGAGUCCUCGUUUUAUACAGUAUCAAGUUAGUAAAAACACUUGCAGACAGAAUCUGCAGGAGAGGGUUAGCACGGUUGAAUUGUCUGCCUUAAAAGCCUUACAAGAGAAGAUAUUCGCACACAGGACUGAACUCAUGGAGGCAUUUAUGAACAGAGAUCACACUGGCGCAGGCAAAAUUUCUGUCAAUGACUGGGCAGAAGCAAUGGAAUCUGUCCUGUGUUUGGAGCUGCCCUGGAGGAUGCUGCGGUCCCGGUUAGCACAGCUCACCCCAGAUGGAUGCAUCGACUAUGCGACAUGCUUUCAUAAUUUGAAACUCGGUAAACCUGUAGAGGAGGUUCAGCCAGCUUUGAUGGAAACUGUGUGCAGAUUCAGAAAGGAUCUGGAGGUGAUCUUUAACUUCAUUGAUAAAGAUCAGUCAGGCCUGAUCUCUCUUGAGGAAUUCCACCACACCUGGAGACUCUUCUGUGUUCACAUGGGAAUCGAAACAGACAACGAAGCCAUUGAUAAGUUAGCCAAAAGCAUAGACUACAACAAAGAUGGCAACAUUGACUUCAACGAAUUUUUAGAGGCCUUUCAUGUGGUUCAUAGACUAGAUAAAAAGGCAAACGAAUGAAGAAG